AUCUUUGCUGCUGUCAGUCUCUGCUGCUGCUCUCAGUCCGUCCGUCCUUCUGCUUCUCUGAGGACUCUGCUGCUGAAGACAAGCGACCAUGGCUGCCAGAAAGACCAACAGGGUGUUUGUCAUCGGUGUGGGCAUGACGAAGUUCGACAAGCCCGGAGCCCGAGACAACUAUGACUACCCUGAUAUGGCCAAAGAAGCAGGUGAAAAAGCUCUGGCUGAUGCAAGAGUCCCGUAUUCUGCUAUUGAACAAGCUUGUGUAGGAUACGUCUACGGGGACUCCACAUGUGGGCAGAGAGCCAUCUACCACAGCCUGGGUCUGACCGGGAUCCCCAUUAUCAACGUCAACAACAACUGCUCCACGGGAUCCACGGCUCUCUUCAUGGCACGCCAGCUGGUCCAGGGAGGUCUUGCUGACUGUGUGCUUGCCCUCGGGUUUGAGAAGAUGGAGCGGGGCUCCUUGUCCGCUAAGUUUAUGGACAGGACCAAUCCAAUGGACAAGCACAUGGAGGUGAUGAUGAACCGCUACGGGAUGGGGGCGGCACCACCAGCACCACAGAUGUUUGGCAACGCUGGCAGGGAGCACAUGGAGAAAUAUGGCACUAAACCAGAACACUUUGCCAAAAUCGCCUGGAAAAAUCACAAGCAUUCCACCAACAACCCGUAUUCCCAGUUCCAGGAUGAGUACAGUCUGGAGCAGGUGAUGAAGUCCAGGAAGGUGUUUGAGUUUCUGACUCUCCUGCAGUGUUGUCCUACAUCUGAUGGAGCUGGAGCAGCAGUUUUGGCCAGCGAGGGCUUUGUCAGGAAACACCACCUCGAGAACCAAGCGGUGGAGAUCGUGGCCCAGGAGAUGGUGACCGACCUCGCCUCCACAUUUGAUGAAAACAGCUGCAUCAAGAUGGUGGGAUACGACAUGUCUCGGGUGGCGGCUAAAAAGUGUUUUGAGACAGCGGGUCUGAAGCCAAGUGACGUUAACGUGGUCGAGCUGCACGACUGCUUCUCUGCCAAUGAGCUCAUCACGUAUGAAGCCUUGGGGUUGUGUGCAGAGGGUAAAGCUGGGGAGCUGGUCGACAGAGGCGACAACACGUACGGAGGCAAGUAUGUGGUCAACCCCAGCGGUGGUCUCAUCUCUAAAGGACAUCCUCUCGGCGCCACAGGUCUGGCCCAGUGCGCUGAGCUCUGCUGGCAGCUCCGAGGCCAGGCUGGCAGGAGGCAGGUCCCAGGGGCUAAAGUGGCCCUGCAGCACAACAUUGGCUUAGGAGGAGCUGUGGUUGUCACACUUUACAAGAUGGGUUUCCCGCAGGAGGCAAGGUCCCACAUAAGUGCAGCUCUUACCAGUGCAGGCAGCAGUCUGGAAGGGUUCAAAGCUUAUCCUGUCUUCAAAGAGAUUGAAAAACAGCUACAGCAGGACGGAGAGAAUCUCGUCAAGAAGGUCGGUGGAGUGUUUGCUUUCAAAGUGAAGGACGGCCCAGAUGGGAGAGAGGAGACCUGGGUGGUGGACGUGAAAAAUGGCAAAGGUUCUGUCAGCAACGACCCAGGUAAAAAGGCAGACUGCACAUUAUCCAUGAGUGACCAGGAUCUCCUGGAUCUGAUGACGGGGAAGCUGAACCCACAAACGGCCUUCUUCAAAGGGAAGCUGAAGAUCACCGGGAACAUGGGCAUGGCCAUGAAGCUGGAGAAGCUCCAGGUCAAAGCAGGGAAGGCCAAGCUGUGAGACCUCCUGCUGAGCCUCUUGUUCGGCUCAAGCUUCCUCUUGUUGAAAUUUCACUAAUUAACAAGAUCCCUGAAUACUCUGAUAAUGUGCUUGAUCUCCAGGGACAGUCGAUUAAGUUUCAUUUCCAGCUGCUACCGAGAUACUAACCUGUAGAUGUUGUGGAGUGCACAUGAAAUGAAUGAAAUUAAAAAUACUUUAUUUAUCCCAGAAGGGAAAUUCAAUAUUUCUAAUAACAUUUCAGUAACAUCCUCCUCCAUGUAUUAACAACCAUGUGUUCAGAGAACUCAACGUGCCUCCAGUUUGUCUGACAUAAAGCCUGUGGGUUAAAACACUUUUUUGAAGUGAACCAUUUUGAUAAUGUUAAAGAGAAUCUAUACCUGUAAAUGAAAGCAAUCUAAUUUUCUAAAAUAAAAUCUUUACUGACAAUCA